AUGCCGGGGGCGGUGCACUACGCCGUGGCGGGCGGGCCGCGCCCGGGCGUGUACGGCAGCUGGGCCGAGGCCAGCCUCCACGCCACGGGGCAGAGCGGCGCGCGCUGCAAGAAGUUCACGGACCCGCGGCUGGCGGAGGAGUUCGCGUUGCAGGGGCCGCCCGGGGCCAGAGCCGCCGCGCGGCCGCUGCUGCAGCGGAGCCACAGCGCGCCGGACACGCUCGCCGUGCCCACGCCCGCCGGCCGCACCUACCUCGAGGUGCCCUUCCCGGAGAAGGACGAGGCCAAGGCGCUGGGCGCGAAGUGGGACCCGGACCAGCAGAAGUGGUUCGCCGAGCCCGGCGCCGGGGCGGCGGGGGUUGCCCGGUGGCUCCCGCGCCGCGCCGCGGGCGGCGCGGAGCGCAGGCCGCCGGAGGCCGCCGGCGUCGCGCAGGCGUACCCGGCCAAGCCAUGGCGGACCUACCUCCAGGUGCCCUUCAAGGAGAAGGACGCGGCGAAGCUCGUGGGGGCCAGGUGGGACCCGGACAGGAGGCAGUGGUUCGUCGAGCCAGGAACCAGCCUGGCAGACGUCCAGCAGUGGAUCCCUGCGCAGGGCGCCGGCGCGGCGGCGAGCCACGGCAGGGAGCAGCGCCUGGAGCUGCCCCCCGCCAGCCGCGCGGCGGUGUACCCCGUGGCGGCCGGCCCGGCGGCCCCGCCGUGGGCCCUCGCGCGGCGACGCGCAGGCUCCUGCCCGCUCCUCGAGCCCGCGGCCCCGCGCACGGGGCAGGAGCGGCCCCCGGAGCUGGCCCUGUACACCGACGGCGCCUGCAAGGGCAACAGGAACGUCGCCACGCAGAGCUGCGCCGCGGGGUGGGGCGUGGCGGUCGUGGAGCCAGGCCAGAAAGGCGACGGCGGUGAAGGCCAGGCGGACGAUCGCUGCAUCGUGGAGCUAUACGCCCCCGUCGUCCUCGACGAUGCCUCGGAGCGCUUCCUGGGCGCGGAGGUCGGCAGCAACAACACGGGCGAGCUGAGCGCCGUCUGCGAGGCUCUCCUGUGGCUCCGCGACCACGAGCACACUGGGCGGCCCGCCGUCAUCUUCUACGACUCCAAGUACGCCGCCAUGAUCACAAUGGGCGUGUUCAACGCGCAGAAGAACCGCCUGCUGGCCAAAGUCGCCGUCGACCUCCUGAAGCAGGUGGAGAAGCGGCGAGACAUCCGGCUAGUGCACGUAAAGGGCCACAGCGGCCACCGCUGGAACGAGGCGGCCGACCGCCUUGCGAACCUCGGCGCGGCCGGGCACCGGUGCCUCUCGGGGCGCUGGGCGCCCUCCGCAGAGGCGGGGGCCUCUGCCGCAGUGCGGCGGCGGCGCUCUGCGGAGGCGGCCGGGGCCGAAGGCGCGGCGGAGUCUGAGUCUCCUCGCGGGGAGAAGCGGCGGAGGCGGGAGGCAGAUGCAUUCUGCACCGUGACCGCCGACAGCAUGACCCACGUCGCGGAGAGGGGCGCAUGA